AUGCCACACAGGAAAGGAGAAGAUCUUUUCAACCCAGGUUUAAUCCCUUGCAAGGAUUGCCAGGGGUAUAAAUGGCUGCGUUGGCAGGUGUGGUUGUGUCGUCUGGCAGUCCUCCCCCUGAUUGUUUUUCACUGGAGGCCUCGGCUUGGUGUCCUCGCCCGCUGCCGCCCCUGCCCGCUGGCUUUGGCAGAAAUUCUGCUGCUCACGGAUGAUUCUGGCCUGCAACAUGUGGUGGAGGUGCGGACAGAGGAGAUGGAGGAGGGCUGCUUGGAGCUGUUGGGACAACAGGAGGAGGAUGAGUGGAGAGAUGAUGUUCAGCUGCUCAAUGUAGAAAAAACGCUGCUGCGCUACUUUGUGCUUCAAGGGCUGCGUUACGUUUGGCUGGACAGGAGGGAGACUUUCUGUCCUGUUGGUGUCCUCAACGAGGACCAGACGUGCCAGGACUUGCAUGGCUUCCUAAAGGGGCUGAGUCCUCGGGAGCAGAGCAUGAGGAGAACCAUGUUUGGGAAAAACCUUAUUGACGUACCUGUGAAGUCUUGCUUGAAGCUUCUGUUUGACGAAGUCCUAAACCCAUUCUAUGUAUUUCAAGUGUUCAGCAUUGUCUUGUGGAUGUGUGAUGAUUAUUAUUAUUACGCUGGUUGCAUAAUUUUAAUCUCCAUUAUCUCCAUCGGUAUCUCACUUUAUGAAACUCGAAAGCAAAGCAUUGCUCUUCACAACAUGGCCCACUUGGUUACAGAUGUUAAAAUACGCAGAGAAUCAGGAGAGGAAGACAGUGUGAGCUCAGUGGAGCUGGUCCCUGGCGACUGUCUAAUUAUCCCUGAGGAAGGUCUGCUGCUGCCCUGUGACGCCGCCCUGCUGGCUGGGGAGUGUCUCGUCAACGAGAGCAUGCUCACAGGUGAAAGCGUUCCCAUGCUGAAAACCUCUCUGCCAGCUGAUGACCGGACCUACAGCUCAGACACUGAGCGCAGACACACUAUUUUCUGUGGUACCCACAUCAUUCAGGCCAGUGGAGGAAGGCCCGGAGGCGACGGUGCUGUUGCCGUGGUAACAAACACUGGUUUUUUCACAGCUAAAGGCGACUUGGUUAGCUCCAUUAUGUACCCUCAACAAUGCAGCUUCAGCUUUCAAAAAGACGCCAUGAAGUUCCUUUUCAUUCUUGGUCUUAUUGCUUCCUGUGGUACCAUUUACAUUUUUGUGAUCCUUUUGAAAGCCAAUGUGACGUGGUCGGAGUUAAUUGUUAGAUGCCUGGACAUUGUGACUAUUGUAGUGCCUCCUGCCCUGCCUGCUGCCAUCACCACAGGAACUAUUUAUGCCCAAAAAAGGCUAAAGAAACACGGCAUAUUCUGUAUUAAUCCACCCCGCAUUAACGUCAGUGGCAAAGUCUCAGUCUUUUGCUUUGACAAGACAGGAACUUUGACAGAAGAGGGUCUGGAUGUGUGGGGAGUGAUGGAGGGACGACCUGCUGGUUUCUCAGAACUGGUCCCAGACCCUAAACUCCUGCCUCCGGGUCACAUGCAGUCUGCCCUGGCCUGCUGUCACACUGUUAAACUACUGCGAGGUCAGCCCCUCGGAGACAUUUUGGAGCUCAAGAUGGUCGAGUCUACUGGCUGGAACCUUCAGGAACCAGAGGGAGAUGGUGACGUUGUUCAUGCAGAAUUUGGAGGUCACAAAGUUUUAGCUGUGAUGAAACCUUCGAAUCAACAGCCUCUUUUUCAGGGAACUUCCUCAAGUGAAGCAGUGGCCAUUGUUCAGAGGUUUCCAUUCUCCUCCGCCCUGCAGAGGAUGAGCGUGGUGACGGUGGCCCACGGGGGGCGCUCUGCUCUGGCUUUCGUCAAAGGUUCCCCAGAGAUGGUGACCAGUCUCUGUGGAGCUGAUUCAGUUCCACCACAGUUCUCCAGCACACUGCGUACGUUCUCCAGCGAAGGCCUCAGGGUUCUUGCACUCGCCUGUAAACCAGUAGAUGUGAAUUCUGACCUGAUGAAUAUGAAACGAGCUGAAGUAGAGAAAGACCUGCAGUUUCUGGGCUUGCUGAUGAUGAAGAACCUGAUAAAACCCAAGACUGAAGAUGUUAUUGACAUCCUGACCAAGGCACACAUUCGAACUCUGAUGGUCACUGGAGACAACAUUUUUACAGCUGUUAAUGUAGCAAAAAGCUGUCGGAUGGUGGGACCUGAUGAUAAAGUGAUUUUUGUCACUGCAACCCCUCGUACAGCUCAGUCUUUGCCUACUUUGAGGUUCAGCCUUGAAGAUGAAGUGGCCCAAAGCUCCACAUACGACAUGGAUCAAGGAGGUCCUCCUGACUAUCAUCUGGCUAUUGAUGGCAAGUCCUUUGCUGCCCUCCGUGACCACUUUCCUGAGGAUCUUCCAAAGGUUUUAAUGAAAGCUACCGUAUUUGCGCGCAUGACUCCAGACCAAAAGGCCCAACUGGUGAAGGAGCUGCAGAGCCUGAACUACUGCGUGGGCAUGUGUGGGGACGGGGCCAACGACUGCGGGGCCCUGAAAGCUGCUGAUGUUGGAGUUUCCCUGUCUGAGGCCGAAGCUUCGGUCGCUUCACCUUUCACUUCCAAGACUGAAAACAUCAGCUGCGUGCCGCUGCUCAUCAGGGAGGGCAGAUGUUCUCUGGUCAUGUCCUUCAGUCUCUUCAGGUACAUGGUGCUGUACAGCGUCAUUCAGUUCUGCUCCGUCCUCAUCCUGAACACAGUGAAGACGACUUUGGGCGAUAUCCAGUUCCUGUUCUGUGAUUUGUUUCUUGUAACUGUGCUGGUUUUUCUAAUUGGGAGAGGAGGUCCCAGUGAGCAGCUGCACCCCUGCAGACCUCCAGGCAGACUGAGGUCCCUGCCUGUGUUCGGCAGCCUCUUCCUCCACACGUGCAUGAUCAUCCUGGGUCAACUGGCCGCAUUUUUCAUCACCACCAAAGAGAACUGGUAUAUUCCCCUCAAUUCAACAGUGUUUGGAAAAGACAAUUUACCCAACAUGGAGAACAGCUGCGUGUUUGAAUUAUCAGGUUAUCAGUAUAUCUUCAUCGCAGCAGUGGUCACCAAAGGUUACCCUCACAAUAAACCUUUCUACCACAACAGGAUGUUUCUUUGUUUCCUGGUCCUCCAGCUUGUUGUGAUGACCUGGCUGGUGCUGGAUCCGUGUCCUUUCUUCAGCCAAAUUCUUCAACUCUAUGACUUCACUAAUAUGAUCUUUGGGUUGCUGCUCAUCGUUGUGGCUGCUGACAACUUUCUGGUGUGUUGUCUUCUGGAGCUGCUGAUAGAUUUGGGUUUGUUGAACUGCCUUCGUCGGCUGCGUGGAGCGCGUCCAUCAAAGAAGCAGUACAAACGUCUGAAGGUUGUUCUGUCCGACUCCGCAUCAUGGCCGCCGCUUGAUCAAACUCAAACCCCAACAGAUCAACCAGUCGUUCACUUCAGAUAA